CCAAAAAAGGGCAUAGGGGCGGGGACAGCCCCGGGCCCCGCGGGCCGUCCGUUCGGCUCCGUGGUGUGUUACCCAAAGAAUGAUAAAGUUGGUUUUAUUUCAAGAAGUCGAUCGAAAAGAAAGCCUCAGCGCUCUAGAGUUCAGCUGACGGGAAAGGGGGUGCGCAGCCUCGAGUUUGAGAGCUAUCCGGACCCCCAAAACAGGGGUGGGUGCCAGCUCUCUGCACGCCCUGAUCUUCCAUCGUAGGUAACGCGGAAGAGCCUGGGAGAGCGUUAGUGGCGUCCGAGAGCGAGCAGCGGGAAACAGGAUGGGUCUGCACGGAGAGUGGAAAGGCAGGCUGUGUACUCUGGGGAAAGUGGAGCAAGGAAGGAGCUACAGUGGCCGACGCUGGAGGUCGGCUGGAGAAAAACUAGAAAAAGUAGGGAGGAAAGAGGAAAACAGGAGGCGUCUACACUGAGGGGUUCUACAGAGGGAAGGAUGGACUCCGUACAUGGGUGUAGUUCACUCCCGAAACCUGAGGUGUGCUCUGUCCUGGAGGAGGGGGGCUGGCGGUCGAGGAGGAAUUGGAUGGAAGUUCUGUGUUGGAAAUGUUUCGGGCGAUCUUCUGUAGGGGGACUGGGGAAGGGGAUCUACACUGGGGUAAAUGCAGGAGAUAGAGGCUUACACGUGAAUCGAUUCUGCACUGAAAUAACUAGGGAAAGAGGAUGCUACCCUGAAAGUGGGGAUACUUGCUUUCGAUGAUGUCGGGGAGAGAGGAGGUCUAUACUGGCGGAAUUGAGAGAGUGGAGGGUCUGCACUGAAGACACUGGGGAAGGGUAUGCCAUGGAUAUGGGAAGGAACCCUAGCGGAUUAAGGAUCCUCUCGGGAAGAUGGGAGGAUGGGAAGAGGAGGUUUCCUGUUUGUACGCCCGAAAAUAUGGGUGAAGGACCUGUACCGUGGCCCGUGAGAGGGAGGGUUCUGGGUGCGGAAACUCCAGGCCAGGUGGGUCCGGGGGAGGCCGGUCGCGCCCAGAAAAUGCCCUAUACGCGCAGGCCGGACCAUGGGAACCCCAAAGCCACGGAUCCUGCCCUGGCUGGUGUCGCAGCUGGACCUGGGGCAACUGGAGGGCGUGGCCUGGGUGAACGAGAGCCGCACGCGCUUCCGCAUCCCUUGGAAGCACGGCCUACGGCAGGAUGCACAGGAGGAGGAUUUCAGAAUCUUCCAGGCCUGGGCCGAGGCCACUGGUGCGUACGUUCCCGGGAGGGAUAAGCCAGACCUGCCAACCUGGAAGAGGAAUUUCCGUUCUGCCCUCAACCGCAAAGAUGGGUUGUGUUUAGCAGAGGACCGGAGCAAGGACCCUCACGACCCACAUAAGAUCUACGAGUUUGUGAACUCAGGAGUUGGGGACUUUUCCCAGCCAGACUCCUCUCCGGACACCAAUGGCGGAGGCAGUACUUCUGAUACCCAGGAAAACAUUCUGGAUGAGUUACUGGGUAACAUGGUGUUGGCCCCACUGCCAGAUCCAGGACCCCCAAGCCUGGCUGUAGCCCCUCAGCCCCUGCGGAGCCCCAGCUUGGACAGUCCCACUCCCUUCCCAAACCUGGAGCCCUCUGAGAACCCACUGAAGCGGCUGUUGGUGCCGGGGGAAGAUCUGAUCACCUUCACGGAAGGAAGCGGACGCUCACCACGCUAUGCCCUCUGGUUCUGUGUGGGGGAGUCAUGGCCCCAGGACCAGCCAUGGACCAAGAGGCUCGUGAUGGUCAAGGUUGUGCCCACGUGCCUCAGGGCCUUGGUAGAAAUCGCCCGGGUAGGGGGUGCCUCCUCCCUGGAGAACACUGUGGACCUGCACAUUUCCAACAGCCACCCACUCUCCCUCACCUCUGACCAGUACAAGGCCUACCUGCAGGACCUGGUGGAGGAUAUGGAUUUCCAGGGCCCUGGGGAGACCUGAGCCCUCGUUUCUCAUGGUGUGGCCUCUAACCUCCCCACCCCCCACCACCUCAACCAAUAAACUGGUUCCUGCUAUGAUCA